CUAUUUUUUACGUUGUUUACGUCCACUGCGGGUGAAUAUGUUCUUUAUCACUCUCUCUUUCGUUUGAAGAUAGUGGUUUUUCUCUCAACGCGCGUCCAUUCCUUUUGUAUUAUCAUUUUAUACAGAUAUUGGUAGAAGCUAUGGCAAAUUACCCAGGCCUGAGGAAACGCUAGCUAAAUAACAUUUAUUAUCACGGGAAACACCGACUGUAAUAAGAGCCAGGGUACUAUUAGGAUAAUAUUUUUUAAAUAUUAUAGCUUUCGUAAAAACUAAAUGUGCUGUUUUAUAUAUUAAGAUAAUAAUGGAAGAAAAAGACUGUAAAUUCGGCCAAAAUGCAGUUUCAGAAACUAAUGAACAAAAAGUUGAAUUUUCAGAAAAUUUACUAGAUCAAAACAAAACAAAACAAAAAAAUCAAGAUUCUCUACUUGAACAAAAAGAAUUUUUACCAUAUGGUGUUGGGCCAGUUAUUGACUGUGAAAUUGAUGAUGAUAAUGAUGAACCUGAUUAUUCAACAUAUGCACGCAGAAGACCAAAAAACCUAAAACUCCGCCGGCAAAAAAAAAAAAGAAGGUUUUUACCAUAUGGUGUUGGUCCAGUUAUUGAUUGUGAAAUUGACGAUGAUAGUGACGAACCCGAUUAUUUAAGUUAUUCUGUAGUACCAAAGUCGAACCUUUUUGGAGAUAGCUCUUCAUCAAAAGAUGCAGUACCAUAAAAACAAUUUGUAAAACUAUAACUUAUUAAUCAUACUUAAUAUUAAUUAACCUAUUUUUUUUGUGUGUGUGAAAUAU